AUGGACAAGGCACGAUUUGGGGUUUUCUUCAUAUUGUUCAUUCUCCUUGGUUCUCAGAUGGUAGUAGAAACUGAGGGAAGGCACUGUGAGUCAAAGAGCCAUCGAUUUAAAGGGAUGUGCCUAAGCAAUCACAAUUGCGCUUCAGUGUGCCAUCUUGAAGGUUUCACAGGUGGUAAGUGCCGUGGGUUCCGAAGACGCUGCUUCUGCGCCAAGCAUUGCUAA